GUGUUUACUUGUAUGUGACCGACGCAGGAAGUAGUGACACCGAAAGGCGCCUUUUCUGAGCUCAUGUUGUCAGGCAAAAAAAAGAACUAGCUACCACGGGAUGGGAAAGGGAAAAGUUAGGCUAAGUGUAAAGAAACAACAUGGCUGCUAAAAAGAAGCGGACUCCAAACACACAUAAUGACAGCUGGGUUGUUAUCGCCGCAGACUCAGCAGUUGAAACACAGAAGCACGACUGUGAUCCAGAUUUUGUGAAGCUCAGGAAUCCCUCUACAGACGAGGCAUCUCUGUACAUGCUCGGUGCUGGUGAUGUACAGCUGUACGAGGUCAAGGCAUUUGAAGAAGACUUCCACUCCUGGUUUGUUGGACAGACUGUACAGAGAGAUGGAAAACUUCUCUUCGUAACACAGAUGGACCCUCUCUAUUUGAUAUUGCCCUAUAUGAUUAAAUCUGGCCAAGAGGGGAAAUUCCAGCCUGUGGAUCAAGUUGUUAAGGAUGAUGAAUUUCCAGCGAGCUCCAGGCUGCUCAGCUGCACACGUUCCCUGACAAGCCUGCACCACAUUGCAGAGGGAAAAGAGGUCGGAAGUCUGAAGUUUCAUCGCUACAGUCAAGAACGAACCCUGAACUGGUUACAAAAAAAGGUGGAGAGAACGAUCGUUGCCCUGAAGAAGAAGCAUAUCUGCGUGGGAGAAGGAGUGAAAUCCACAACUUAUGUCAGAGUCAAGACUGAGUCAGACAACCAGGAGGAAGACUACCUUCGCUAUGCUCACGGUCUAAUAUCUGAGUACAUCAGUGAAGAACUGAGCAAAGCUCUCCUUAAACACUUAGGGUUACCAGAGCUAAAAAGUGCAAAGGAAACGGAGCCUCCAUCUAAGUGGAGCUGGCUGCGGUGGCGUUUGUGCUUUUGUGCUUCUUGUCAUGAAAAGCAUCUCUCACGUCCUCGUUUGGCAGAAGCGGAAACUUUCCGACAAGCCGGUGGAGGCUGGAGAAGACUACACCAAAUUCAACAGUGGAGACUUUGCACGGAAACCACCCAAGAAGAUGACAGCUGCUCAGAAAACUUUGGCUAAAGUGGACAAGAGUGGCAUGAAGCCCAUGUCUUCUUUCUUCAGCCCUAAGACCAAAGCUGAAAAGAAGUGACUGUGUUGUGCUUUUUGGAUUCGUCCGACUCAUGUUUUGUAAUAAAGGAAAGAAAAACCUU